CAAACAUUCAGCAUUUCUAUCUUAUUCCCAAAAAUGAAAUGUUCGUAAUUAUCAUCGUAUGAGGAUAUUAUUACUCCGCAAACCAAACGCCCUUAAAAGAUAACGUUUUUAAGAGUGGCCUUUUGUUUGCUAAGUGCUCCGGCGUCAUAGAUUUCGUCUCGCCCACCAUUUCUCCCAAUCCAUUGCUUCGAUUCCUUGUAAAUUUUCCAACGAAUGGAUUCAUCCGUUGAAAACUCAGUAGAGAGAUUCUCCCUUUCUGGACUUGCCCCACUUGAAGCUGUACUGCUUGAUAUUGAUGGAACUCUAUGUGAUUCUGAUCCUUUCCACUACGAUGUGUUUUGUGAAAUGCUUCAAGAGUUAGGAUACAAUGGCGGGGUCCCAAUUACAGAGGAAUUCUAUAUUGAAAAUAUUGCUGGCAAGCACAACGAUGAUGUCACCAGGACCCUCUUCCCUGACUGGGUUCUUGAGAGGAGUCUAAAAUUUAUGGAUGAUAAGGAAGCCAUGUUUAGGAGAUUGGCAUCAGAAAAAUUGAAGCCUGUAAAUGGGCUUAACAAAUUGAGAAAAUGGAUUGAAGAUCGUGGCUUGAAAAGAGCUGCUGUUUCUAAUACUCCAAGAGCUAAUGCUGAACUCAUAAUCUCAAUUCUUGGCCUUUCUGAUUUCUUUGAUGUUCUGAUUCUUGGCAAUGAAUGUCCUCAUGCCAAACCACAUCCAGACCCCUAUUUGAAGGCUCUAGAAGUGCUAAAAGUAUCGAAGGAUCACACUUUCAUAUUUGAGGAUUCUGUUUCGGGGAUAAAAGCUGGGGUGGCGGCGGGGAUGCCUGUUAUUGGUUUAACUACAGGAAACCCUGAAGAGGUACUCAUGGAAGCACAGCCAACAUUUCUUAUACCAGAUUAUGACGAUGCAAAGUUGUGGGCAGCUUUAGAAGUGUUUGAUGGAAAAUGAGGUGCACAGGCAAUUGAGGCUGGUAGUUGUUCUAGUAAAAUGACUAGAAAAUUCAAUGGAAAUUGAGAGGGUUUGUUGAGUAAUUAAUUAUGUUGCAGAGGAGCCUCUAGCUCUCAAUGUAAGUUGGAUGUGGAACCAUAAAGUUACUGUCUUGACCUGGAGCAUAAGAUCGGCCUACUUUGAAUUUACAUGCAUACAAUUUUGAAUUAA